UCAAUAAAAUUAAGUUCAUAGCAGAUCUACACACACUAAGAGGGCUAUUAACAGUCUUCCAGCUGAGAAAAUUGUUCAUUGGUAAGUUAGAAGUCUUCACAGAUUCAAAUGGCGAACACGAUUUUUGGUUCCUUGCUGUCUCCGUUCGUGCAGACAGUGGCUCUAACUCUGUACGAGAAGGGCCAGGAAUUCGAGUCGGUGGUGAGCGACUAUAAAUCCGCUGAGUAUAAGGCCACUCUGAAUCCCUUUGGAAAGGUGCCGUCAUUCAAGGACCAGGAUAUAACUUUAUACGAGUCCAAAGCCAUAGCGAGGUAUAUCGCUAACAAGUACGAGGGUCAGGGUACUCCUCUGUUCGGAACGACACCUCAUGAGACAGCGCUCGCGGAGCAGUGGCUAGAAAUACAUUCCCAUCACUUUUUGGCACCCUUGAAUGUGAUCGGGGAGGAACUCAGGAAGAAAAGUACGGAUCCAAACUUCGACUUCACUGUUAUGGAUACCGCACUGGCGGCUCAAGGGAAAACGCUGGACGUUUACGAAGCACGACUUUCAGAAUCCAAGUACCUAGCUGGGGAUCACUACACUUUGGCCGAUCUCGUCCAUCUUCCGAUAUUUUUUAUUUUGACUGUCGUAUUAGACGAGGAACGGAGGAAGAUCAUCACGAACCGGCCCCAUCUCAAUGCUUGGUUUGAGGAUAUGAAAUCUCGACCUGCUUGGAAGAAGGUGGAACAACCCAGUUCAAGUUACACCAACAAUUAUUGACAUCGAUCGAUCUAAUCCAGUCGCCAUUUCCAGUCUCGAAGUGUGUAAUUUAGUGGACCACCGAGUCGUUCUAGUGCUUUCGAAUUGACAGAAUUCUCAGGGCAUAGCAGAUUGCUCGUCUGCAGAGCUGAGAUCUUGAAUUAACAGGUCGCUCACGUUUUCAAACAUUAACUGUUGCUACCCAUUUUGUGCACUCUGUGCUGGAAAGAUAUACCGAGCAACAUUUUGGAAGAAUGUUCUCAAGGUGCGCCAUUAUC